CGACCACCGUUAGUUCAGAAAUCACAAUGCUAGCUUUCAGUACCAUCAUCCUUCUUGGAGUGAUAGCAGCCGCUAAUGCAGGGCUAAUAACUCCACACCCAUUAGUCAGAGCCUACGCUGUCAUAACUCCAACACCCGCAAGCAUAGUACUACCUCAAGGUUCUAGCCUAGAGGGCCGGUACAUCCCAGACCACCUAGAAACUCUUUACGACGACGGUUCUUAUAAGCCACAACCAACCUCCCUGACACUGGCCGCCUCGCCUUACGGACUUGUGCCUGCCGGAUCCGGACUUGAGGGCCAGUACAUACCGGAUAACCUCGAGAGACUCUACGACGAUGGUUCCUACAAACCUGAAGCUGCUCCGGUACCAUUUAGUGCCUCUCCUUAUGGACUAGUGCCAGCUGGAUCUGGUUUGGAAGGCCACUAUAUACCUGAUCUUAGUGAGAAAUUGUACGACGAUGGAUCCUACAGGCCUCAAUAUGUAGUUGCUUAAUGGAAAUUAGAUAGAAGUUGUAUAUAGUAAUAAAAUUUUGUACAAAAUA